CUGUGCUUAACCGUAUCGCCACAAGAUGAAGACUGUGCUGUUGGCUCUCACUAUCGUUGCGGCCGUGGUUCUACCCACAGCGCAAUCGCUUCGCUACACGGCCUACAAAACUAAGGUGUCCUUUUUCGAAGCCUGGCAGCAGUGUAUAGUGAAGGGAGGCAGUCUGGUAUCGAUCGAGCUGGCUAGUCAGAAUAGUAUGGUGCUGCGAGAGAUAAAGAAGGCCGGUGGAGAUAGUGAAUGGUGGUUGUCGGGCACGGACGUUGGAUUGGAAGGAUCGUGGAUCUGGUUUUCGAGAAACACACCGGUCGGAUCGCCCUUCGGAUUUCUCAACUUCGGCUCGGGAGAACCAAACAAUGCGGGCUCCAACGGAGAACACUGUCUGGCCAUUAACUCACUAGGCAAAUGGAACGAUGUAUCGUGUGAUAAACUACUCUAUUAUGUGUGUGAAUUCUACUUCCGGUAGACAGCUCAAGUUGAGUUCAAGCUAAAUUAUCCUAAAAACAAUUCUGUACGUAUUCAUUUGCCGCUCAAUAAAUGAGACAAUAAAACGAUAUCGA